CUCUGCCCAGUGAUCUGUAGGGGGUCAGAUUAGAGUCGACGAUCAUAAUGGUCCCAAAAUGGAUUUUAUAAUCCACGGAUCUAUAAUCCCCGUGUAAGGGUCCCCUAUUCCUUCCCCCCCCAUCUCAGGGAGUCUGGCACCAUUGCUUGGCAGAGACAAGGAGCAGGAGAGCGGCAGCGAGGGCACGUGAAAGCGAUCAGCCUACUUUCCUAGUGCCCAUGGCCCUUCAGGCCCAGCCCCAGCUGGCUUUGUGCGGGCGGAAAGCAGGAAGGUGGAAAAUCAGCCAACUCCCCCCGCUGGCCUUUCACCCCGGGGCUUGCUGCGCUAGGCAAACCCACCCCAAGAGGUGCUGUGUGGACCAGGGCCUCCCUUGCCCCUUGCACUGGGGUGAGCAGGCCCACGGCCGGACUCAUCUCUCUGCCUCUGUCCAGUGCUGGCAGACGGCUGUUUUUGUGGCUGUGGAGCAGUGCAGGCCAGGUCUGCGGCAGCCAGGCUCCUGGCGGAUGAGCAAUAACACCAUGACAUCAUUGUGUGAGCUGAGCCUCCCCAGAGAGGAGCGGGGGGUGGGGGGCCGGCGAGCGGGAGAGAGGAGCGCAGAGCGUGCCCGGCGAGCACUCUAAAAGCACUUAGCCAGACACGCAGCGGCAGGGCAUGCUAACAGAACCCAAGUAUGGUCGCUUUCGCAAUGGCUCAGUGACGCCCUCGGAGGACCCAGCCAUGAGCAGCAAGGUCGCGGCAGCCACCCCGGCCCCCUCGCCGCCCGCCUCCCUGGCCCACCCGUGCCCCGCGCUGGGCGAAGCCCGCUUGCCGGAGGAGCAGGAGGCCGUGACCACCUUCUGCAUGCUGAUCCCCAAGAUUCCCCAGUGGAAGUUCUCCAGCCCCUCCGGCUUCCUGAGCCGCAGCCCUUCCAGCGCCAGCAAGGACCUGUCGUCCCCGGCCAAGCCCGGGGGCCCCGGAGAGGCAGGAGGUUCCUCCUCCGGCCUGGCUGCUGUCCUGAGCGCCUGCGAGCCUGUCUGCCACUCUCCUUGUUCCCUGCAGGUGAUGAACCGGUUCCGAGGAGUGGGAGGGAGGAAGGCGGCUCGGGUCGAGGGAGUCAAACUGGCCGGCGAGGAAUGGAACCGGAAAGGUAGCUUCAUCAAUAAACCGGCGCAGGGCUGGCUCCAUCCGGACGAACGGGUCCUGGGACCAGGGGUCUCCUACAUUGUCAGGUACAUGGGCUGCAUUGAAGUGCUGCGCUCCAUGAGAUCUCUUGACUUUAACACCCGGACGCAGGUUACCAGGGAAGCCAUCAACAGACUGUACGAGGCAGUGCCUGGGGUCAAAGGGGCCUGGAAGAAGAAGGCGCCUAACAAAGCCCUCUUCUCCAUCCUGGGCAAGAACAAUCUGCACUUUGCUGGGAUGAGCAUCACUGUCAACAUCUCCAUCGACGGGCUCAACCUCAUGAUCCCCACCACCCGGCAGAUCAUUGCCAACCACCACAUGCAGUCCAUCUCCUUCGCCUCGGGAGGAGACACGGACAUGACAGACUAUGUGGCCUAUGUGGCAAAGGAUCCCAUUAACCAAAGAGCAUGCCACAUCCUGGAGUGCUGUGACGGGCUGGCUCAGAGCAUCAUCAACACGGUGGGACAGGCCUUCGAGCUGCGCUUCAAGCAGUAUCUGCACAGCCCCCCCAAGGUGGUGGUGCCGCCGGACAGGGUAAUGGGGACUGAGGAAUCCGCGUGGGGCGACGAAGAGGAGAUGGCUGAACACGAUUACUACAACAGCAUCCCGGGGAAGGAGCCUCCCCUGGGGGGACUCGUCGACUCUCGGCUCAGGCAUGGAACGUUGCUGGGCCACGCGCACUCCCAGCCCUCCUGUGCCGGUCACUUCAGCCAGGUUGGAUUUCCUGCCAUAAGAGACCAGAACAGCCACCCGGGCUCCCACUGGGACGGCGACGCUCCUGGCCAGUCCUGCGAUGGCUACCUCCAGGCAGACAGCCAGCCCCUGGGAUGCCGCGACUACGAAGAGCACAUGUACGUCAACACGCAGUGCCUGGACGGCUGGGAGCACGAGGAGAGCCCCCCCAAGGAUCUCUUUGACAUGAGGCCUUUCGAAGACGCCCUAAAGCUGCAUGAAUCCACGGUGGUUGGCGGGGCCAGCCCGCCCCUAGAGGACCAGUGGCCCAGCCCGCCCACCCGGAAGGCUCCCAUCGCCCCCACGGAAGAGCAGCUGAAGCGGGAGCCCUGGUACCACGGGAAGAUGAGCCGGCGAGAGGCGGAGAAGCUGCUGCAGAUGGACGGGGACUUCCUGGUGAGGGACAGCAUCACCAACCCCGGGCAGUACGUCCUGACGGGCAUGAACGGCGGGCAGCCCAAGCAUCUGCUGCUGGUGGAUCCUGAGGGUGUGGUGAGGACCAAGGACAUCCGGUUCGAGAGCAUCAGCCACCUGAUUAACUAUCACCUGCAGAACGAGCAGCCCAUUGUGGCGGCGGAGAGCGAGCUGCACCUGAGGCAGGUGGUGAAGAGGAAGCAGUGAUGGCUGGGUGCGUCCCCUCGGCAGGGGGCGGGCAGGAGACCAGGGGGCCUGAUUCUCUCCUGCAUUCGCCCCAGUCAGAGCAGCGGGGCAGUGGGGAAUUGGCCCGCACCCUCUCUCCUCUGUGCGGGCGCCCCGGCGGGGUCAGGCCGGUACCCACUGCCUCUUGGGCUGGGCUAACGGGGGUCGCUGGGAGCGAGACGCCCCCUGAGCGUGCUGGGUCCCUGCCUCUCUGACCCCUGACAGCAAUCUCCUUUCUCUCUGGCCCAGAGCCCUCCGGGGGGCUGGCUCUGUGCUCGGAGCACCUGCCCACGGAGGAGAGGGGAGCCAGGUGAAAAAGACAAGGGGAUGCCACAGACAGAAACCCCCCUCCCCACUUCCCUAAGCAGCACCCACAUCCCCUUCUGCUCCUCCUCCACCACCCAGUGCCCACAGUCACCCUUUCUCUUUCCCCAGGGGACUGUUUUCCCUCCCCUCCCCAAACAGCUGCCUCUUUCCCUCUCCCCUCCACUUGCGGCCACGCUCCCCCCUUCUUUCCCCCUCCUCUGGGCUCGCGCCCCCUUCCCUCUUGCCUAUGGAUGGCUGUCACUCGCCUACAGGUUGCUGCUGCUGUCUCCACGCCUACAGGCGGCCAUUGGUGUCUCUUCAGUGGACCCCUGCCCAUUCAUGUUCUCUCUCCCACCUCCGCCGGCGGACUGCUGUCACGUCCCCCCCCCCAGCCUUGUGCCAUCUUCCUUCUCUCUCUCUCUCCCCUACAGACUGUUGCUCCAUGCUCUCUUUCCCUCCUAGCUGCUGCCACAAUCCACGCCGACUUUUUCAUUCUUCCUUCUAUCCUGGGACGUAUUUAUUCUACCUGUGCUGACAAAACUCCACCUGGAGUGUUAGCAUGGCUCUCCCCCACCUACCCGCCGCGGAGCCUGGAGGACACAAACGGAGCUCAGCUCUGUGCCGCGUACAUCCCACCAGGAGCACACACACAACAGAUCAAACCUGCCCCGGCUUCUUAGACUAGUAGUUAAUUAAAACAAACGAAUUGCGAGCAGGGAGCCUUGCUCGGAGAGCCGCUUGUAGCCACGGCUGGGCACGGACUGUGGUCUAGUGGCCUAAGCGCAGCGCUGGGGGCCAGGACACCAGCGUUCUUUGCCUUCACCUCUGCUGCUGACUUGCUGGGUGACCUUGGGCAAGUUGCUUUGCCGCUCUGUGCCUCAGUUUUCCCCAUCUGUAAAAUGGGGAGGAUGAUGUUGACCUACCUACCUCGCAGGGGGUGCUGUGGAGAGGAGUUAGCUAAAGCUGGUAUGGCCUUCUGAGGGCUAAAUAGCAUCCAGCGUAGCUGUUAGGUUUAGUCGCUGCUAGAGACCAUCAGAGGGGUAGGGAACCCCCUUUGGAGGUAUAAUUGGAUGCGGCAGGAGGUGUCAGAAGCACAAGGCCCCAGUCCCAUCUGCAAAGGGAACAGGAGCCUCUUCCCCAUCUCCCGAAACCUCCCAAGCCAACCCAUUACCGUAAUAGCUGCUUAGACUCCACUUUGCAGCCGUGAGGGGACAAUCUUGUAAUUACGUUAUCUGGCCGAGAUGGCCCAUCAUUAGGAAAACGACUUCAGAUCUUAUCAGCACUCUGCUUAUUGAAUCAGGACCUGAAGACAGGCUUUUUGGACCUUGGGAGAGAGGACAAAGAGCGACACAAGCGAGGGUGUGGCCGACCCACCGCUGGGACGCAUCUCUCCUCCUGCACAGCUGCCCAGGAGGUGACUUGGUGUCCACUCGGCUUCUGCCCCGCUUCAGAGCCUCAGCCAGGCUUCUAGUACCAAGCCUGGGUCGCGGCACUGCCCUUCCACUCUGGGUGGGGUAGCCCAGGUGCCUGCUUCCUUUGGAUGGUGGAAGAUGAGACCUUCCCCAGAGCCUAAGCUUUGGAGGCUCACCAAGCACCUGCUAUGCGAUGCUCACAGCUCCUCCAAGCCCAGCUGCUCCCAAGAGGUGUCAUCUUCCAGCAGGGGUCCCUGCUCUUUGGAAGCUCCCACCUCCUCCAGGCCCACCCCAGCUGGCAUUACAAGAGAGGACAAUGGAAAGGUACUUUGUCCAGCAAGGUGGGACUUGCUCCUCUCAGGCACCCGGGUCCGUGUCACAUUGUAGCGGGAUUUUACAGGCUACCCGGCGCUGAGCAUCCAUCAGCUGGGACCCACGGUGAGAAUUCCACUGAACGGUGGCAGCCUUUUAAACGCCAUCCAGCGAUUGCCUUGCCAACGCGCCGGCGUUCGGGGAAGCGUCUGACACGCAGCGAGGGGUUCGCUGGUUUGAAUACGUUUCUAAUUAAAUGUGGAAAUGAUCA